GAUGAUUGCCAAAGUUAUCCCGUCUAUUAAUUCUAGUGUCGAUUCAUCAACAACCAAUAUAAGCGUCUACUUCUAUUCUCCCGUUUAUUUGUCAACUGGCAACAUCACUAUCUAUAAAGCAUCUGAUCAAAAAAUUAGACAAACAGUUUCAGCAACCUCUGAGUUCUGUAAACUUAGUGAUAAUGGGAGUGUUGUUUAUAUAAAUAUCGUUAAUAGCACAUUUAAUGAGUAUGGUGAGAAAUAUUAUGUGAAAAUGGAUAAUAAUUUUGCCAAAGAUAAAUAUUAUAAUGAACCCUUAAGAGGAAUCGAAAGUGAUGUUUGGCUUAUUGAAUCAGUUUAUAGAGUGCCUCCUUCAGAAACUGCUGCUAAGGGUUUAGCAGUUCUCACUAUAGAUGCUUCCAAAAAAUUCUUGGCAUUAUCCAGAACCAAUCAAUCUGCAUACUUUGACAAACUAUUAGAUGAGCUUGUAUAUAAAAUACCAGUUAGGCGGGAGCGUUUGAGUUCAGAUGAGAAAUUCCAGAAUUUUGAUGAAUUUGGUCAAAUCGUCAUUUCAAUCCGUAUAGAUUUGCCAAUUAAUGAAAAUGAAAAUACUGUUCCGGGAGUAUUUUCAAAUUUAAAUAGUAUGAUUCUUCACAAAAACAUCACCAUUUUCUCCGCUGGUGUGACAAAUGAUUUAAACUCGACUCUUGGCUUUCGACCAGUAGAGAGUCUAUGGGAUCAAUUUAAAUCACAAAUAAUUGGUGCGAUUGCUAUUUACACUGUUUACAAUGGAAGAAUUAAGUAUUCUGACUUUAAAGAAUGGGUUAAUCGUAGGCGUGAAUUAGUAGCUGUGUUCAUUAUAUUAGCGGUAACUGAUCAUGAGUAUCUGACAAUUUUGAAAGAUGCGCCUAGAUUUAUUGAAGUAGCAAUUGAUUAUAAGUAUUUGACGAUUAUGAAAGAUGACCCUGAAUCCGAGAAAGCAAAAACUGAUUAUGAAUAUCUUAAGGUUUUGAAAGACGAGCUUAAAUCUGAUGAAAUCAAUCAAAUCAAAAAAAUUUAUAUGUUUAGGCAGAUAUUUAAGUUCGCAAUCAUAUACGGAGCUUUAUUUGACAUUUUUAGGAAUAUUCUGCAGAUUGUUAUUCAAGUGAGAAUUCAUUAUUAUAAUUUAUUU